AUGGAGAUGGAGGAGAAGAUAAAAAUUGUCACCACGGAGGCUCUCCUCAAAGGACCAUCUGCCGCCUACCAUGCCUUAGAUCCAGAGCUUGGGGGCUGCUGUGGUCUCUGCCCUAGCUGUGGCUGUGGCUCCUGUCCAGGAUGCGGCUCCUGUCCGGGAUGCGGCUCCUGUCCAGGAUGCGGCUCCUGUCCAGGAUGCGGUUCCUGUCCAGGUUGCGGCUCCUGUCCAGGUUGCUGCUGCCCCUGCUGUGGUUGUGGCUCCUGCCCCAGCUGUGACUCCUGCCCCAACUGCUGCUGCUGCCCCCCGAGCUGCGACUGUUGCUGCCCUCCGAGCUGCGACUGUUGCUGCCCCCCGAGCUGCGACUGUUGCUGCCAGCUGUGCUGCUGCCUCCCGCGGCUUCUGUGCCAGUUGCCCAAAAUGAUCGGCUGCCCUGUAAACAUCAAGAGGUUCCUGAUCGUCCUGGUGAUUGUGGGCCUUGUGGUGCUGGUUGUCGUGGGGGCUCUUCUGAUGGGGCUCUACAUCACCCAGGCGCAUACGGAGGCCCUUCUGCACAUGACCAUUGGCGAGUUGGACGGAGAAGAAUCGCAGCUGAAGUUCUCCAUGGAUAAGGAGGAAGUAGCCACUUACUAUGUGGAUGAUGGGAUCCACAACCCAGCCACGGUCAUUUAUGAUUUUGCUAAGCUGAUGAUUGGCUACAAGCCUGAACAUCAAGAAGCCUGUUACCUCACCAGGAUGGAUAAGGAAAAUAUCCAAGGACUAGAUACCCUCCUCAAGGAAUUCCAGGGAAAGAAGGAGCAAGGAGAGGAAGAAUUCCUUACGUCCCAGGUGGAUCGUUCAAGGCUGGGGACCACCAUCAACAUCCUCUGCAAACACAUCCCCAUCUUCUACACUUAG